UCACAAGAAAUGUCGUCACCAGUUGCAUAGCCACGUGAUCUGAACUAAUCACAAAGCAGCCGGAACAUUUGAUUUCAGAACUACAAACUCUGGAGUCAUGAAAGCGAUAACAAUGUUGUCACAGCAGAAUCUGUUCUUGACCAACUCAGAAUGUCUUCAGUACUUCUCACAUGCCCACUAUGCUCCCAACCAGGUUUCCAAACAAUUGAUUCAUUAUGCUAUGGGCUCAUCAGUGCUGCCACCCGUCAAGUUGUGUGUCCUGUGUGCCAUGAUAUUCUGUUUGGUCUUGAUAAGUUUACAAUUCAUCUCUUUAGCCAUUCAGUACAACACCAGAAUGAGGAAAAUCACAGCAUCCUACCCACUCAUGUAUCUUCUACCAGCAGUACCACAGUAUCGCUAAAGCAGCAGGAUUCCUUACCUUCACAAACUAACAAUCCACUGAAAUGUACUAAAGCAGAUUUCAACACUAAAGUAAAAAAUAUGAAAGAAUUACCUUUUCCACAUGACCACACUAACAUCCCCUGUUGUAGAAACCAGCAAACUGCACCAGGAUCAUCAGCAUAUUGUACCAAAGAAAUGAAAAUUGAAGGUAAACUAAGAAUGGAAAAUGUUGAUGAUAAACAGAGUCAUAAUAUUGUUUCUGACAUUGAUGAAGCAACAAAGAAGCCUGAGAUAAAUGCAAUUUGGGAAAAACAGUUAAGUAAUAAUAAAUCAAAUUAUGAAUACAGUAUUGUUGAUCAAAGCAGCAAUUUUAUUCUGCAUUCAUAUACACAAAGUAAUACUGAAUCAGUUACAGUGGAGACUACAAAGAAAUCUUCACAGACAGUCUCAGGAUGUCUGGAAACACCACAAUCACCAAUAAUCAGAAAUAUUUCUUCUUCAUUGGGUAGUAAGCCAAUGUAUCAUCCAUAUCACUGCAGUUCUGGAAACAUACCAAAAACAACACAGGAAAACUGUUCAGUCCAGUGUGCAGCUUUGCCAUCUGUACCGCCACCAUUACAAGAAAAACGGACACCACUUUCACCCACAGAUAAAGAAAUUACGGAAAUUAUAAGAUGUGAUAUUUGUGGUUUUUCAUUUGAAGAUUCAUCAAUAUUAGCAAUACAUCACCAGUUAGUACACUGUGUGGAAAGUGGCAGUGAAACACCAAAUCACAGAAUACAAGCUUCAAAUGGAACCAAACAAGGUUGGACUUUAGAUGAGAAACAUCCAUUUCCAUGUCAUCUCUGUUCAAAGGCAUUCAAGAUGCGUGGAAGCUUAAUGGUUCAUUUGAGAGUUGCCCAUAGCAGUGGUAUAGUAUCAGGAAAAUCAUUCAUCAGCAGAGUGGACCCUGACAGCAAUUCGGAAGAGAGGAAAUUCAGCUGCCACCUAUGUUUGAAAUUAUUCAGGAAGGAGCAGCAUCUGUUGCAGCACUUGAAGACACAUGAAGGCAAACAAUGGGAAUGUGACGUGUGUUCCAAAUUGUUCACAACAAAAUACUUCCUUAAGAAGCACAAGCGUCUUCACACUGGUGAGACUCCAUAUAGUUGUGACACUUGUGGCAAAACCUUUACAUUCCAACAGUCCUACCACAAGCAUCUGCUGUACCACAGUGAUGAGAAGCCACAUGUAUGCACUGAAUGUGAUCGAGCUUUUAAAGAACUGUCCACAUUGCACAAUCAUCAGCGCAUUCAUACAGGGGAAAAACCAUUUGCUUGUGAGACAUGUGGGAAAUGUUUCCGCCAACGGGUGUCAUACCUGGUUCAUCGAAGGAUCCAUACAGGUGCCAUGCCUUAUCAGUGCACAGCAUGUGGCAAAAGCUUCAGAUAUAAGGUGAGUCAGCGGACACAUAAAUGUCCAUCACAACCCCCAGGCACAGUUGUGAGGCAGUCAAGUAACCUGGUACAAAAGUUACUGCAGGGAGUCCAACAGAGAGCAGUACCUAACAGCUCUCAGAUGAUUCCCACUCAAACAAGUGUCAACAAUAAUGACAGAGGAAAAAUUGUUGAAACACAGCAACCACCACCAGGCCAAAGACCCUCAGAUAAGUCACAUGACUUUCAGUUUUCACAGCAGCAGAAUCAGAGCCAGCAAACUGACAACAGUCAGUUCACAAUAAUUGUUGGUAAUGAUGUUCAGUCAGUGUUCCCAGCAGGUAAUAUAAUGUUGGCACCCAGUUCUGUGUAUGAUCCACCAUCGAUCAAUACACGUCUAGUAUGUUCUAACUCCAGUGAAGACUCAGAUAAGAAACAUAGAACUAAUUCACAGAAGACAAAGGAAGAAAUUGGGUUAUUGAACUGGAAAACAAAUGUGCCGAAGGCUCAAAAGCCAGUAGUCAUAGACAUUACAAUGGCUACAGCAGAUUUCAAGAGGGAUAAGCAAAAAAAACAUAAAUGUAAAUAUGUUCUAGAAGACGGUAAUAAUAAUAAUAUGGAUGUUUGCAAUACAAAGGACUCUAUUCACCAUAAAUCAAAAGUGACUUCUCUGAAUGCUGAACAUUCACAGGAAGAGCUUUCUCUUGAAAAAAACAAUAAUAAGAACAGUACUGUGACCACAGAAAAUAAAUCAGCUCAUGAUUCAGUAUUUCUGCAAGAAAGUGAUUUUCAAGUUUCGGCAAACAAUGAACUUCAAAAUUCCACUUGCAGUUCAUCUGACUUUUGGAAGUCUUCCAACAAAAUAAGUCAGUCAGUUGAAAUUUCAGAUCUGGUUGUAGAAACAACUGACUUUUUUAAUAUGGUAAUGUCACCAUCAGUCAAAGGUUUACCAUCACCCUCUGAAAAGUUAAAGCACAUGACACUGUCUUCCCCUGUUGAUACAUUACUCAGUUAUGAAGAUGGUGGUAUGUAUCAAUUUCUUCUCAACUCUGAUGAUACAGCAGUGCAUACAAACACACAGAAAGAUAAUAAUUCAACUGAACCCUCUAAAAGCAACAGUAAAACAACCCAGAAGGAAGAAUGUAGCACGAAACCUCUUCAGACGAUCAAUGAGGAAUCUCUGAAGCAGCUUUUAUAUGGUACUACUAGUUCCUGACAACACAUUUAACAGUACAGGCAUCCCCCCCAGACCACAUGGUAGCUGUAUUCCUGAGAACAUCACAUAGCAUUAAAACAUAAAUCAAAGACAUUUUUUCCAUAGACUCAUUGUUAAUUAAUACAUUUAUGUUCCCAAGCAGAUAUUUUUUUACUGUUAAACUUUGUGAUUAAUUAUUUUUGGUUAUUGAAAACUUAAAUAAUGUUUUAAUAAAAAUAAAAUACAUUUAAACAUAUAGAAGAAGUACUUCAGACAUUCCUUGUAUGUGAUCAAUACACACUACAGUUAAUCAUGUAAGAUUUAAAGUCUUCAUGGCAAUGUGAAUAUCAAUAAUCUUCUGGGUUUUUGUGCUGUGUAGUAUUUUGGUUGUGUGCAAAGCAUAGCAAAAGAAGUCUAGUCAUAUGAAAAGAGAAUGGGUACAGCAGCAUGAGAGAUAAAUGUUCCAUCAUGAAACUAUUGUUUGUUCCCCUUGUUUUAAUGAUAAAUUAUAAAAUGCAUGUUUUACAUAUCAAAUGGCAGGAUAAACUGAGAGGUACGUGGAAAUGUGCAAGGAAGCAAUUUCAACAUUGUUUCUUGUACUGCACCCACCAUUUGCUUGAAGGACUGAAGAAAACCACAGAAAAUCUCAGGAAGGUAGAUGGCUAGUCAAAGAUCAGCACUUGGAACACCUUUGUCUAAGUAAUAUUUAAACAUUCAGUUCCUACCUCAGAGAAAACAGUGCUUUUCCAUUACUCAUUCAAAGAUCGAUUGGUAAAUGCUCUUUAAGAAAAUAAUUGUUAUUUAUUGUUAGAAUCAUACAAAACCCACAAAUAUAUUGUGUGAGAAAAAUUAA